CAUGGUGUACCUUUGCUGUCCUGGUGUAGCUUUGCUGUCCUGGUGUAGCUCUACUGUCCUGGUGUAGCUCUACUGUCCUGGUGUAGCUCUACUGUCAUGGUGUAGCUCUACUGUCCUGGUGUAGCUCUACUCUAUUGUUGAGCUGUUUACUGUGAACAGGUCAACAGUUUCUCACAGUCAACAGAGAGCUAAACCCUCAGAGAAGACCUGGAAAACCUCAAGACUAGAAUACAAUCAACACAAUAACAUCUAAACUAGAAACAAUUUUUACCAGAAACUCCUUACUAGAAACUCAAAUACAAAGAGGCACCAGGUUUAGUAGGUGAACGUCCACAGUCCCCCUUCCUGUGGAUUUUAUAGGCUGAAAUGUAUUAAUGACAGGUGGCUUAUCCAAUCAAGAGCUUGUGAUUUCAAAAAAGCCCUCCCUUGAUCUGUGUGUGUUGAUAAAGCCACUGUCACUCCUUCAGUUUCUCUCACUUUCACACAUUCACGCACGCUUGUUCUCUCUCUCCCACACACACACAUCUAUCGUUCUCGAUAUCUCUUUGCAUCUCUUCUCUCAGUCACACACACAUAUAGACUCACCCAGUUGUUGAGAAAACAUGUCUCAGAUAUCAAGGCAAAACCAGACUAAACUGACCCAGAACCCUCUAGAGAAGAUCUGGGUGAACAGUAAGCUGACCCGACGCAGAGGCUCCUCAGUGCCCCAGUUCACCAACUCUCCUACAAUGAUUGUGAUGGUGGGUCUGCCGGCCAGGGGGAAGACUUACAUCUCCAAGAAGCUGACCAGAUACCUCAACUGGAUAGGAGUUCCCACCAGAGUGUUCAACGUUGGCCAGUACCGCCGGGAUGCCACACGUUCCUACAAGAACUACGAGUUCUUCAGACCCGACAACCAGGAGGCCAUGAAGAUACGCAAGGCCUGUGCCAUCAGUGCCUUGAAGGAUGUGUGUUCCUAUUUCACCCAGAAGCAGGGCCAGGUGGCGGUGUUUGAUGCCACCAACACCACAACAGAACGAAGAGACGUCAUCCUCGGCUUCGCCAAGGACAACGGAUACAAGGUAUUCUUUGUGGAGUCUCUGUGUGACGAUCCAGAGAUUAUAGCUGAGAAUAUCAAAGAAGUGAAGCUGAGCAGCCCAGACUAUGUGGGCUGUGACCAGGAAGAGGCAGUGGCCGACUUCCUGAAGAGGAUCGAGUGUUACAAGGUCACCUACGUACCUCUGGACGACAACAAGGACAGGAACCUGUCCUACAUCAAGAUAUUUAACGUGGGCAGUAGGUACCUGGUGAACCGUGUGCAGGACCACAUCCAGAGUCGCAUUGUCUACUACCUCAUGAAUAUUCAUGUCACGCCGCGCUCCAUCUACCUGUGUCGCCAUGGCGAGAGCGAGCUCAACCUGGUGGGGCGCAUCGGGGGCGACUCAGGGCUGUCGCCACGUGGGAGUAAGUUUGCCAGUGCGUUGGGCAGCUACAUGCAUGGCCAGUGUAUCAGGGACCUGAAGGUGUGGACCAGCCACAUGCGCAGGACCAUCCAGACAGCAGAGGGGCUGGGAGUCGGGUACGAGCAGUGGAAGGCCCUGAACGAGAUAGAUGCUGGUGUGUGUGAGGAGAUGACAUACAAAGAGAUCCAGCAGCACUACCCUGAGGAGUUUGCUCUGAGGGACCAAAACAAGUACCGCUACCGCUACCCUAAAGGAGAGUCCUACGAGGACCUGGUCCAGCGUCUGGAGCCGGUCAUCAUGGAGCUGGAGCGUCAGGAGAAUGUGCUUGUCGUCUGUCACCAGGCCGUUAUGCGCUGCCUGCUCGCCUACUUCCUGGACAAAACUGCAGAUGAGUUGCCCUACCUCAAGUGCCCCCUGCACACGGUGCUGAAGCUCACACCAGUGGCUUACGGUUGUAAGGUGGAAUCUCUCUUCCUCAACAUUGAAGCUGUCAACACACACAGAGAUAGGCCGGUGGAGAGCCUAGACUGUGAUGACCCAAUGUCAAGUCCCGCCCCCAACCAAACACUGCAAGACCUUACCAUACUCAGCCUGCAGAACGUAGAUGUGGACCGAGAAGCAGAGGAGGCGCUGGUGACCGUCCCUGAACACGUGUAGAGGGGCGGAGCCAGGUGGGGGCGGCCAGGGAGGAUCCACCAACACUAGCCUCGCUGUCUGGUGUUGAAACCAGACAGCGAAACCAGUCCUGAUUGUGGGGUGAGAAGGUGCUGUUAGACUGGAGCACAGCUCAGAACCACCACACAUCCUGGUCAACAGAACUCCAUCCAGGAUUGGACUGACCUCGGACCUGUCUGUUGUCAUAGCAAUACUGCGGCUGUUGUCAUAGCAAUACUUUGUCAAGCUGUUGUAUUAGCAAGACUAUAUCUGACUGUUGCUACCCUGACCCUGAACUCUGACCCCAGUACUGACCCUGACCUGUCUGUCAUAGCAAAACUGUACGUCUGUCAUAGCGAUAGUAUGUGUGGUUAUUGUCAUAGCAACAUGGUGUACAGAAAUAUUAUAACUGUCUUCAUUACAUGAACUCUAAAUUGUAUUAAUGUGCAAGUUCCUUUCAUCUCUAAACAACAUCGGCCAAGACAGUACUCUACACUGCUCCUUAAGGUGCUGUUACUGUUACUACAAACAGAGAUGGGAAGUAACUUAGUACAAAUACUUAGUUACUAUAUUUUUCUGUUCAGUACUUUACAGUACUUUCUUUUAAGCCAGGCUUGUUACUUUAGUGUUUAUCUGUAUUUGGUGGCAUGAUCAAUAUUGUUGCUUGUCAUUGCGUGCCUUUUUCAAAUGUCCUGGCUAUAACGCACUACAACCGUAAGCUAUUUCAUCGAGCAAGGCAACAAGAAAAACAAACACUGCUCGUCAGCAUUCAAAAGUUCCCAACUCUACUGUACUACCAUUCCUUCAGAGCUUCUGGUAUCGUACCCUUUUGAGUACCGACUUGGUACCGGAGUGUUGGUUUCUGUGACAACACGAACUAAGACGACCUGUUUAUUAUAAAAUCUGUUUAAUGUUGAACUGGAAAAAAGGACACUCACAGACUUACAUUGAGUCAAUAUGAAACGUCACAAACUUAAA